AUGAAUCCAGAACUGGCCUUUCACAGGCAGUCUCACAAUCCUGGAUAUCUUCAGUUUCUCAAUGACCUGCCAAAUGUCUUUAUUUUCAUUGUAAGAGCUCCGCUGCAUGUCAUUAUCAACGAAUAUCGUUCCAUUGGCGUUGACAGCCUUCUACCUCUUGCGGAAAGAGACCUUGAAGAGUUCUUGCUAUCCCGCCAAGAUUCGGGGGAUGUGCAUUUCAUUCACCCCCCUCAUCCUGAUCUUUCUGGGCCUCCAAGGCGCAUUACUCCUGUUCUAGUGGUUGUUCGAGGCCCAAUUGAUAAUAUGUUGAGGAGGUCUACUGAUUUCAUGGUUGAACACGUCCUCAGUGUGCCAAAGGAUGUUCUCAACAAUUUUCUUGAUGAACAUCGAAAGACAGGUGCACUGCAGCUUGUGCCCGCACAGUCUUGGUCUGCAGACUAUGAAUCUGCGCCUUCAACCCGCCUUCGACGCCUUCCCGACACCGUUUACGUCCGAUGGCCUUAUUUUGGGAGGCUUUCAGCUGCAUCAACAAGAAUUCGUGUAGGACGAAAUCCACGGCAACAAGCUGCAGGGAGCAUUGACGCUGACGGUGUUGCCAUUGUCCGCUCAUCUACCCAUGGACAACACGCCAACGCUGCUCUCAACUCCGACAACGACAACGACAUUGGCAACACUAGCAGUGAUUCCUCAGAUCUGCGUGAAUCAAUCAGUGUUCAGCCUCGCCGAGCUUCUGCACGUCUCAAAGCGUCUACGACAGCAUCUACGACAGCAUCUACGUCAGCUACCUCAGACACCCGAAGAUCCCAACGCCUUGAAAAUCUAAGGUUGGUUUCAUCGUGCCCUAAUUGCAAGGGGAAGAAGGCCCAUCGGCAUUAA